AUGACACCAAAGACCCACAUGCCAGCCCCAGUGUGCUUCAUUGAGAACAUCAGAGGGCAACUGGUGGCUAAUCAGGAAGCUUUGGAGAUCCUGGCAGCCAAUAAGAAUCCUCUUGUUGUGGUGGCUAUUGUGGGCCUCUACCGCAAAGGCAAAUCCUACCUGAAGAACAAGCUGGCUGGAAAGAACAAGGGCUUCUCUAUUGGAACCACGGUGCAGUCUCACACCAAGGGUAUCUGGAUGUGGUGUGUGCCUCAUCCCAAGAAGCCAAACCACACCCUAGUUCUUCUUGACACAGAGGGUCUAGGACAUGUAGAAAAGGUAAACCCUAAGAAUGACUCAUGGAUCUUUGCCCUGACUGUGCUUCUGAGCAGCACCUUAAUCUACAACAGCUUGGGCACCAUCAACCACCAGGCCCUGGAGCAGCUCUAUGUGACUGAGCAAACACAGCAAAGGGCAAAAUCCUCCUCAACCUCUGAGGAAGAAAAGGACUCCACCGAGUUUGUGAGCUUCUUUCCAGUUUGGACUGUUCGGGAUUUCACCCUAGAGUUGAAGAUAGAUGAAGCCUCAAUCACCGAAGAUGAGUACCUGGAGGUUGCCUUGAAGCUGAUUCCAGAGCAUGUUCUGGGCACAAAUCCCAGAAUCCAGAACUCCAACAUGUCCAGAGAGUGUAUCAGGCAUUUCUUUCCAAAAUGGAAGUGCUUCAUCUUUGUUACAAAUGACAGAAAUCUCUUAUUCCAUCUUGAGAAGGUGCCAGAAGACAAGCUGGAGUACUUCCAGGAGCAAUCAAAGAAAUUCUGUACCUAUAUUUUCAAUCAUACAAAGACCAAGACCCUAAAAGAGGGAAUCAUUGUCACUGAGAGCUGGCUGGGGACUCUGUUGAAAGCCUAUGUGGAUGCCAUUAAUCAUGAAGCAGUUCCUUGCUUGGAGAACGCAGUGACAGCUCUAGCCCAGCGUGAGAACUCAGUGGCCGUGCAGAAGGCAGCUGACCACUACAGCAAGCAGAUGGCCCAGCGAGUGAAGCUCCCCACAGACAAGCUCCAGGAGUUGCUGGAUGUGCAUGCAGACUGUGAGAGGGAAGCCACUGCAGUGUUCAUGGAGCACUCCUUCAAGGAUGACGAGCGGGAGUUCCAGAAAAAACUCAUGGACACCAUAGAGGAGAUAAAGGAAGAUUUCUUGCUGCAGAAUGAAGAUGAUUCUGUCAAAUAUUCCCAGGCACAGCAUAAACAACUUUCAGAGACCCUGAUGAAAAGCAUUUCAAGAGGAACUUUCUUUGUUCCUGGAGGAUACCAUCUUUACUUAGAAGCAAAGGAAAAGGUUGAAUGGGACUAUAACCUAGUGCCCAGGAAAGGGGUUAAGGCAAAUGAAGUUCUCCAGCACUUCUUACAGAACCAGGUGGCAGUAGAAAACUCCAUCCUGCAGGGAGACAAUGUCCUCACCUAUCAGGAGAAGGUCCUAGCAGCUGAGUGGGCUUUGAAGGAGGCAGCUGAAAAGAAACUGUAGCUACUAAGACAGAAAUACAAGAAGCAACAGCAAAAACUGGAGGCUCAAGAGAGAAGCUUCAAGGAAAGCGUAGCCCAACUGAGAGAGAAGUUGGAGAGAGAAAGAGAAAACCUUCGGAGGGAACAGGAAAAAAUGUUGAAUCACAAGCUGAAGAUCCAAGAAGAACUUCUUAAUGAAGGAUUUCUAAAGAAAUCUGAGGAGUUGCAUGCAGAGAUACAGCUACUAAAAAAAGAGAUUGCCAUGAAUAAUGAAGAUAAAUAUUCAUUGGGCCCAUGGAUCUUUGAUGUGAUUGAUAAAGUGUUAGGGGAAGAAAUGCCAGAUCCUAAUAAAAGUAUCAAAGGAGAUUUGGAUGAUGCAAGUAGAAAAAAUGCAGUUAUUCUCGAGCAGCUGUGGCUUCAUACAGUGGUGGUCAGAUGUGAUGUUUCUGCGGAACUGUCGAGGACCACUGACACCAGAUGGCAGCACAGAAUAAGUAUUCUACAGGCUGCAACUCCAAGUAUACUGGAAAGUGAGGAAAUAUAG